CCCGGCCCCGGCCCGAGCCCGGAGCUCCGCCGCCGCCUCGCGCCGCGGGUCCCCGGACACGCCGCCGCCGCCGGGAAGGCAGCCGGCGCCGAGCAAGUUGCGAGCGCGCCUCUCCGCCCGGGAAAGUUUCCCCCGCGGCCGCCGGCGGGAGUUGGCGCGGGAUCCCAGCUGCCGCCGCGGGAAGAGUCGAUCCUGAAGCUGCCAUCAGAAGGAGGGCUCAGGAGAAGCUUGGCACCCGUGGGCUCAGAGGGAGAGACACACGUGGAAAGAGGUGGGCAUCUCCUGGGCGGCCUCCAGCUUGCCGUGGCUGGAGCUUCCAACCCUGCCAUCAAAGCAACUUGAACCUCUUGAAUUGGCUUUCCAGAAACGUGGGCAUAAUCCUUUCCAGACUUCCCGCCGCCGGCUACCCAGGACAAGCUGGGCCAAUAAAAGAAACCUGCACGAGCCCCUCUGACAGGAGACUCCGUCCUGCUGACGCCUGAAGAACUGCCAGGAGGAGCACCAUGGAAGGUGACUGUCUGAGCUGCAUGAAGUAUCUGAUGUUUGUUUUCAAUUUCUUCAUAUUUCUGGGCGGGGCCUGCCUGCUGGGCAUUGGCAUCUGGGUCAUGGUGGACCCCACCGGCUUCCGGGAGAUCGUGGCCGCCAACCCGCUGCUCCUCACGGGCGCCUACAUCCUCCUGGCCAUGGGGGGCCUGCUUUUUCUGCUCGGCUUCCUGGGCUGCUGCGGGGCUGUCCGCGAGAACAAGUGUCUGCUGCUGUUCUUCUUCCUGUUCAUCCUGAUCAUCUUCCUGGCGGAGCUCUCAGCGGCCAUCCUGGCCUUCAUCUUCAGGGAAAAUCUCACCCGAGAAUUCUUCACCAAGGAGCUCACCAAGCACUACCAGGGCAAUAACGACACGGACGUCUUCUCUGCCACCUGGAACUCGGUCAUGAUCACAUUCGGCUGCUGUGGGGUCAACGGGCCCGAAGACUUUAAGUUCGCGUCAGUCUUUCGACUCUUGACGCUGGACAGCGAAGAGGUGCCGGAGGCCUGCUGCCGGCGAGAGCCCCAGAGUCGGGACGGGGUCCUGCUGAGCAGGGAGGAGUGCCUCCUGGGGAGGAGCCUGUUCCUCAACAAGCAGGGCUGCUACACCGUGAUCCUCAACACUUUCGAAACCUACGUCUACCUGGCUGGGGCUCUCGCCAUCGGGGUGCUGGCCAUUGAGCUUUUUGCCAUGAUCUUCGCCAUGUGCCUCUUCCGGGGCAUCCAGUAGAUGGUGUGGCCCGACGCCUCGGCCCGCCCACCACCGCCCAGCACCCAACGCGCUCCGCUGCCCCUCCCGCCGUCCUCUUGGCCCCAGGGGAGGAGAUGAGGCCGUCACGGAUGGCCAGGGGAAUAGAGCUAUUUUUUUAACAAGAAAUGAAGACAAAAAUAAGGACUGAUGUACCCUCGCCUGGACUCCAGGGCAGGUGCCAUGGGCUCUCCGCAGGGACCCCAGCACCCGGGCCAGGAUGCAGUCUGCUCUAGAGACCAAAGGAACACCAAUCCCAGGCCCCCUCCUUGGCCCAGCCAGACUGGUAUCCCCAGGCCGGGGCCCACUCUCCUCACAGCUUCAGGACCUGGUGCCAAGAAAGUGAGGAUUUAGACAACAAGGAGGCAAAAGCAAACCUCAGAGAAGUCAUCCAAGCCCAGUGGGGCCCAAGGAGACUCAGCCACCACGUCCUUGAGGACUCAGAACCUACAGUGCAAUCUCUGGCCCACCGGAGGGUGGAGUUGUCCCCACCACAGGGCAGGGCCAAGAGUGGGCUGCAGACACUGGAUGCGAGAACAGCCCUGCCGGCAGGGUCCUUGUUUUCCCAUCUGUUGGACCAAAUAAUCUUGAAGGCCCAGAGAGGGGCAGUGGCCUGUCCACAGUCACACAGCACACGCAUGACAGUUCUGAACGAGAACCUGAGUUGUCUCCAGGCCGCUGGCACUUCAUGCAGGGCUCUGUCACAUCUGCUGCUCACACGCCCCCUGGCCUUGGCAUCCUGGUUCCCACAGGGGAGAGAGAACCCGGCCAGCUGUACAGCUAAGACUCUGCACUAUGUGUCCCCGCCCUCCCUCAAACUUCCCCACACUUCUGAGUCCCCACAAAACACGUGUCUGCACAUCACAUCCCCUUGUCCACUCCGCCCACCUCUCCCCACAAGCCACCCCCUUCCCCGUCCUUCCCCAAUUCCUUGGCUCCCAGAGUGCAAGAAACCCCCAUGGUCAUCUGGGUCUCCCUUUCCCCACCCAGAACUGAGGCUUGGUUGUCUUCUGCACACUUGCCAAGAUUCUCCACUUUCUUCUUGCAUACCUCCAGGGACGGAGAGCUCACUACCUCCCAAGGCAGCCUUCUGCCUUUGGACUGCUCCGACUUUAGCAGAAUAUACAGAAGAGGUUUCUGGUUUUCUGUGGUACCGUCCAUGGUAUCCCACUUGCUCCCUCUCGUUCCCGGAGUGUUAGGGCUACACAUUGACUCCCCUGAGCCCUCUUCUUUCCAGGCUCUAAAGUCCCCAAGGCAUCUCUGCCAUUUCUGCUGUGACAAGGUUUCCUGUAUCUUCACACUGUCCAUACAUUUCUGAGUAUUCCCUCUAGGCUUGGGCAGGGACACUCACAACAUACAUGCCUCAAAGUCUAGACUAGUGUUGGCAACCGGAUUGCAAGAUGCCUCGACCCUGAUUCAUCAGGAGUGGCUGCGGAGGCUGUGCCGAGGAUCCAAGGUUUGGUCUGGGGUCAUUGGGAGAGGGCAGCACAGUCCUGAUCGGUGAUGUCUGCCCCACACCCUCAGGGUGAUUAGUGAUGUCUGCCACAGGCACAGGGAUGGAAGGAGCGGCACGAUGCCUGCCCUCUGCUCUCUCCACCGUCCCUCUUCAGAUCCUACAAAGAGCCUGUCCUGUCUCACAAGCCGCUGGCACCCUGUACCAGCUCCCUGCCUCUGCUCAUGCUUUCCAGCUAAAUCCGGGAGACACAGAGCCCAGUGCUCCCGUGCCUGCCACCUUCUGAGAUGCAGCCUGGAGCUCUGUGCCUGCAGGAAAGAUUCGGUGUGACCCUCCUUCCCGUCCUCCUGCUGUGCCCACCAGUCCUGGGCCUCCCCCUAGGUUUCUGAUUUGGUUUUCCCUGGCGACUCCAUACAUGAGCUCCCUAGAGACCCGGCUCCCAGGAUCCAAGCGGACCUGCAGCUGGGACCCCAGCCUGGCCUGAGAAGGGCCUAGGGCCUGACCCUCUCUGGACCCACCCACUUGAUUAGCUCCAGCUUCCCGGCAGAAGCAAAUGGCUGGUCUGGGGUUAACCAAAACCCCAAACCCAGGCUGGGCAGGGCUAGAAAUCGCACAGCUCCAUGGCUCCAGUCCAGAGGCAUCCCAGGCUUCUGCCGCCCAUGGAGGAGCUAGAGGGAGGAUCUAGGAGAAAGGGCUGAUCACUGAGGAACAGUGGCUCAGGUGGGUUCAAGGUGGAUCCAAGACUCCCCAAGGACUUGCUGUAAAGGUGCCGAGGAACCUGCAUCCGCCACUUCAGCUCCCAGCCACUGCCCACCGUCCCGGGCUGGAGGGAAAGCAGGCCGUCUCUGCUCCCAUGGCAUGCGCCCAGGCUGGUAGCUAUCGGCAAGGCUGCCUGAGACCAUUCCUAGGUGCCAAGGAAAAUAAAGCCCAGCCCAAAUCAAGCUGGACCCUCCCUCCCUGCACAAGACCUGCAGGCGCCAGGAUUCCAGACACAACCCACAGUUGGCUGCUGGCUGGGGAGGGGGCGGUGGGCAGGGAUGCCUCUUCCCACCCCAGGAUACAACAGCCCGUAACUGAGACCUCCUCUGACCCCACUAACAGGGCAAGGAACAAGGAAGACUUUACACGGCUGAUCACACACCCUACCCUGUUCCAAAAGCCACUUUCCUGAAGUUACUGCAUCUUGGAGAAAGGGAAUCUAUCUUAGAAGCGGGGGGUCAGGGGCUCAGCCCCUCCCCAGGCUCCCUACUGACAUGCAGCCUUGUUGCUUGGGCCUCCCCUGUCCUCUCUCUGUCCUUGCCUAAGGGGCCCAGACAGGACUCCCCAAACCAGCCGGGGCCCCAGCACCCCACUUCCCCAGAAGCCCCCUCCUCCCCUCCCCUGCGGGCCCUGUGUUGAAAGUCUAUUUUGAAAACUGUACAUGUUCCUUGCGGUAGAUAGCAGAGCUAAUUUAUCAUGUUUAUCUCCUGUGAGCCCCCGUUUUUAUAUUAUAUAUCGAGAGGAGUUUUUGUAAUAUAAAGCAGGACGCCCACACUGAUGGUUUUGCACUGGUUUUUGUGACUGUUUCUUACAAAAAGAAAAAGGAACGAAGAAUAAAUAGUGACCGUGAA